AUGGACGAUUGGGGUGAGUUUGUCACUUAUUUUUUGUUGAUUCAGAUAACGUUUGAUGGUUGACUGAAGAUUUAGAGUUUGUGCCGUUCAUGUUGCCUUUUAUAACAUUGUACAUGUUUUAAAACAUGUAGAUAAGUUUGCUUAUAGUUACUGAGAUCAUUAUAAAAGCUUGUUUAUAAGAAAAAGUUUAAUCUACAUUGUUUUAGAUGCUGAUGACUACGAUCCAUCCGCGCAGUUGCAAGACAAGAUCGCAACUCUGGGAUUGGAGGACAAGUUGAAGGAUGAACCGGCCAAAGAAGUAAAGGAGUCGAAAUCUAGCAAAAGUCAAAGCUCGAAGUCUGCUUCAGCCGGUGGGCAAAAGGAUCUGAGCCAGGCCGAGAUCAUGGAGAUGCAAAAGAGGUCAGACAUGGAAUUGUUUGCGGAUUUAAUUGGUAUGUUGUUAAAGGUUUAUUCUCAAGUUUUUAGGCUUUAUUUUGAGAAUAUUUGCAUGUGUGAUUAAUCUUGUUUUCGGGCUAAACGUCGUCUUUGACUUAUGUUAACUAUGAUUAUUCACUUUUAGACAAAUUAUUCUUAUUUUUAUUGUUUACAUUAAUUAAGUAACAAUUUAGGAGCUGAAUCAACGGACAAGAAAUACAGCGAGCUGGAAUCUCGCCUUGAAUUUAAAGAAUUUGCCGAAAGAACUGCUGCCGCUUUCACUGCAAGAUCCAAUACUGGUUUCUACGUUGACUUCGUGACGGUAUUAGUUGACGAAAUUACAAAACCUAGUAAGUUUAACAAAUUUUAUUUUUGUUAGGAUGAAAUUAGUUUUGAUAAGCUGUUUUGCAUGAUUUUACAUUAACUUUACGUGAAGAUUUGAUAGGUAUUGGUUUUGACGUUGUGCCUUCUGAAUUAUAAAAUUAGAAAUUGAUUUUACAAGAAUACGAAAAAGAUUAAUUUGUUCCAUUUAGUGAAUAAAUUCCAAUUGGAAAACGUGGUCAAUAUGCUUCAAGGUAAAGUGAAACAAUUGGCAGAAGCUGAGAAGAUCGAAAAGGUGAGACAUUUUUUAAAACUUUUGCCAAAUUAAACUGAAAAGCAGUUUACUGGUUGUAAAAUGCGAUGUUUAGUCUUCCGUUUUUUAUAUUUUUCUCUUUUAUUUGAAAUAUCCUUUUAAUUCCUUAAUCAUACUGAUUACAGGAGAAGGAAGAAGCCGCCAAAGCCGCGCGAGAUGCUCAAGGCAAGCAAAAGAACAAGAAGAAGAUCAAGAAGGAAGUGUACGACGACUAUGUGGAAGACGAAUACGAUGACUUUAUCGAUAAGUUCUAA